CGAAACGCAAAAAGAAAUCCAAAAACCCCCAACCCUCCUCCCCUCUGCUUCCUCUGGUGACGGAUUGCGGCGCCGCCGACGAGCCACCGAGCGAGAUGGCGAGCUCGGCGCUGAGACGAUCUCUUACACGGCGCGGCUUGCUCCGGCGCCUCCUCCCUUCCCACCCACCACCCGCCGCCACCUCCUCGUUCCGUCGCUCCUUCCAGUCCGAAGAGGGUGCGGCGAGCGAGAGCACGGAGGACUUUGAAAAGCGGAUGUUUGGAAACCAGAGGGAGCCGGAUGACAACUCGUUCUUCGGGAAGCUCGAUGGGGUUGGGAGCUCCUUCGGAAGAAGACAUGGCACCGGCUCUGGGAUGGGUGCCUUCAGUCAGCAGGGCGAGAUGGGUAACUUGUUUGGUGGGAGGAGUAGUCAUGGGAUCAUGGACGGUUUCGACUCCUUGAACAAUGGCAUGAACGAGAAGUUGGACGACGCGGCCCGCACCUUUCACAUGACGGAUGAGGUUGAGGAUGAUGACUAUGAUUUCAGGCCAGAUGUGAAUUACAGGCGAGGCUCGACUUACAAUGUCCGGGAUCUUGACCUGACAAAACCUGCAGCCCCAAGGAAUCCUCCUAGACCUCAGUUUGAAACAUCUACAAAGGAAGUUUUAAGGAAAGCUGAUUUUAGGAAUGUUAGAUUCCUCGCCAACUUUAUUACAGAAGCUGGCAUUAUCAUCAAGAGGAAUCAGACCAAGAUAAGUGCGAAAGCUCAGCGCAAGGUGGCGAGGGAGAUUAAAACAGCGCGUGCACUGGGGCUGAUGCCUUUCACGACGAUGGGCAAGAGACCAUUCAUCUUUGGCAGAAGUGUGGAGGAGGAUGCUUCAGAAGAGGAAUAUGGGUAUGAUUUCGUCCAGAAGGAUGCUGGGCCUGAAGACACUGCUGGCGAUGCUGUGCCCGAUGUGGAGACUGCGUAAACAAUCUGGAGUUGAACUACGGUGACUUGUGGAUCUAUGUGGGGGGCCAAGACGUGGUUGACAUGGGGUCUGUAUCAAGAGACAACCUCGUAAGCUUUCUCUGAUUGUGCCUGAUGCCAUCUUCGGUGUUUAUGGUUCCUACAUAAAACGAAUGGCGCUCACGACCUUAUGAAGGUCCUCGGCCAACUGGCCAGUUCCCAAAGCUCUCUUAUUUCCAGCUUGAGCUUGUACUCAAGCUCUUCGUGACAUGCUUGAACCGUCGCAUUUGCUGUCUCAAACAUUCCGUUUCAAUUGAUCAAUGCAUGUUCUCUAUAUAAAGUGCUUCAGGUGCAGAUAAAAGCGCUUGAUUGCUUGUUUGUGUUACAAUUGAUCAAGACAUGUACAAAGUAGUCAUAAAACGGUACAAAAAACAUGAUUCAUGAGAUAUGAGUUGUACAUGCACUAGUA